CAAAAUUUUGGUCUGUACUAUAUAUACAGUAUAUAUAUAUAUAUUUUCUUUUCUUGAAAAUUUCAUAGAUUAAUCUCGAAACAUCUUGAGAUUUGUGGCAGAAAUUUACUGUUAGCCUGGAAUAUUAAAAUGUAACAAAAAAAAGUAUAAAACAGAAACUUGUGUGGGGGACAAACUCUAUUUAAAGGAGCGGUACAUACAUAGAGCUCAGUGCUUUGCACCUAUCAGGUCUUAAUAAAUGAAUUUCGUAUGAAUGCUGUUUGUCAGUAUCCCGACUAAGACUCCAAAGGUCCUACUGCUCAUCAAUAUACAGUUUCUCUCUCCAAAUUUAAAGUUGUGUGUGUGUGUAUAUGUAGCUUUGGUCAGUGUGUCAAGGUUAAAUUAAACCGACAUUGCUUGUGCAGGCUGAAAAGGCUUGGCUGGAGAUUGGGGGAUGGAAGGGAGGAAGGGAAUGAAAAGGAUCAAGAUGAGUCUAGGAAUGAAAUUGAAACAGAUGGACCUGAGCUGUCUGUUUUGGAUUUAUUUAUACGGCUGGAUUAAAGGCGCGCGCGUGUGUGUGUGUGUGAUUGAGAGAUACGCUCCUGCUUGUGUCGGAGUGACAGUCACACCCCCCCGUAGAGGUCAACGUGGUGACCAAAAUCCUCCCCUCAUCAGUGGAGCGGAGUGGGAGUGGGGAGCUGUCACUUCUUUUCCACUUUUUCUCUCCAAGAGGAGGCUGAGGGAAGACGCACAGCAGGUAAGAAUCCUUCCUUUGUCUCCAACACACAGUUUGGCUCGGAUGUGUCGCGUCCGUCCCCUGGAUGGUUUCCAUGGCGAUGCCAGAUUUCCUCUCCAGUUGAUAUAAUACGUCUUCAUUGGGGCUGUGUGAGUUCCUGUCUGUCUGCAAAAGUUGGCAACGAUUGGCGUAUUGAAAAAUUCAUUCGUAGCCCUUUGCAACUUCUGUGAAUUUUAUUGGGACUUUUUGCGACCGACCAACACAAACGGCACAACGUCGGGAAGUGGGGCUAAGAAUGACGCAUUGUUUGAAGUUUUUUUUUUCUUUUUCUAUCAGCAAAAAGAAAAAAAAAAGUCGUGACAGUGUGAUGUGUAGUUUUGUUCAGGCCUCUGAAUCAGUACUUUGAAGACCAGCUACUGUCUGGUAAAUUCCUUUGGGUUUUUCUCUACAGGCCGUGUCCAGCCAGAGCAGGGGUCAGCGACCUUUACAGCACUAAGCAGGUUUUGUCUUCGCUCCAGCUAGACAACGUGAAGAGCCACAAAAGAUACAAGGCGCUUCAAAACAUAAUAGCCACUUUUAUCAAUAUCUGUUGUAGGAAUUUAAUUUUUAGAUUCAAGAAAAACUUGAAAGGGAAUAAAUAGAUCUUUCUUACCAGAAUGUUUACGUUUUAUGUAUCUUUUUUUUUUUAAAGCAGGCAGUUUGCAACCUAGAGGCAAAAAAUAUUCCUAGCACUAUUAGUUAAAAAAAAAAAAAAAACAGCAUGUAUUUAUUACAUCCACUUUUUUAUAUAUCUUGCUGUGAUUUUUCAUUUUUAGCCAUAGUUACAGCCACAAUGGAUGGUCUAAGGAGGUUGCAGAUCUCUAGAGAGUGAAAUUUAUUAUUAUAUUUCUUUUUUGCAAAAUAAUUCAAACCCAGAUUUGGGUGAAUAUCAAUUUUCAUGUCUUGCCACAGAUUCUCAGUCGGGCUGGACUCUCACUGAGCCGUUCAGACAUGCUUUGAUCCAAAUCCGUGGUGGAAGAAGUAAUUAUUUCAAUUUUGUUUAUCAUCAAUAAAAGGCGAAAAUAAUUUUUGUGUGAAUAUGACUCGUUUAGAAAAUGUAAUAUUUGAAAGAAACAAUGUUAGAUUGUUGUAGAAAGGGAAAUCUGUAGCUCAUUGUAGAGUUGAAACAUGAGGUUCUCGCACUUUUGCAACAUUAAAAGAAAAGCAGAAAAGUUUCUGAUUUUUUUUUCUUUCCGUAUUUACAUUUAGAAAAUAGUCCAUGCUCAACAUCUAAAAUGAGACGCAGCUGAGCAGAUCACUCGCUGUCUUCCACUUUAGCCCUGGCUGUUUACGGUCAAGGGUGAACCUCCAGCCUUUCUCCUUUCCUGUCCUCCAUUUUGUAUCGGUCUGUCACAUCAAAAUCACAACAAAACACACAGAAGUUUUAGGAGUAUAUUACACAGAAUUCACAUGCACUCAUCUGUUGCAUCUCCUUGGAGAUUUAGUUAGAAAAACUGUAUGUCAUCUCAACAAAGCGUUUCUAACAAAGACAAAAAAAAGGGAUCAGAUAUCUUUAUUUUAACUUUUGUUUCCCUCGACCAGCCUCCUCCUCCUCCUCCCAUGAUGGCCUUCCUCAAGAGAGUGCGCUCCCCUUCCUUGUCCUUCUUCCAGACAGUCGUGUCCCUCCUGCUGAGCACCGUGGCCCUCACCUCCUCCUUCUGGUGCACGGGCCAGCAGAAGGUGCCCAAGCCUCUCUGCACGGCCACCAAGUUCAAGCGGUGCAUCCCUGUGCCGGGCGUGUCCAACACCUCCAACAUCCAGUUCUUCUGGGAGACGGGCGACGACCGCUUCGUCUUCCCAAACUUUCACACCGGCCUGUUCAUCAUCUGCGAGGAGAACAUCUACGUGGACGAAUGGGAAGAGAAAUGUCGAUGGUUUUCCAGUUUGACUCCCGAAUCAGAGGAAGCAAUAAUUUGGCUGUGUCUCACGUUGGAGUUCAUGUACAUCGGUCUGCUGCUGGUCAGCUGCCUGCUGCUGUCCGCCCAGCUGUGCAUCACAGCCUGGUUUCCCUCCACGCUGCGCUGGGGCCAGAUGCUCAACGCCUUUGCAGCUGUCUUCACGGUCCUGGGAGGUCUUCUUGGGAUGGUGGGUCACAUGAUGUUCAUGCAGGUGUUUCAGACCACGGUUUCAAUGGGACCAGAAGACUUUAAACCUCACAGCUACGGCUACUCCUGGGCAUUCUAUUUGGUGUGGCUUGCCUUCACCGUGUGCAUGGUGGCGGGCGUCUCCACCCUGAACAACUACACCAAGAAGGUCCUGAUGGUGGGGCCCAGGAGUAGCUCCAGCCUCAACCCCUGCAGCUUUAACUUCGUGGGCCUCCUGCCACCCGCUCCCUACUACACCCCCCCAAACCUGCCCGUCACCCUGUCCGCCCCUCCGCCUGCCCCCGUGAUCUCCCACCUGUCUCCCUACUACGAGCCUCCGCCGCCCGCUUCGCCGAGGCUCACCCACUCCCACUCGCUUCCCCUGACUCACUCGGACUCCUUCCCUCCUCCCCCGCCCCACCCGGCACCCGCGUCCCCGUUCCACCGCCUCUCCCUGUCCUCCCCGUCUCUCUCGCCCUCCAUCUCCGUUCACAGGAUGCUUCCGGGAUGCAGGGAGCAUCCCUUCGAUCGGGACGAGGAUUACAGCCCGCUUUGAACUCUCGCAGGCGCAUCUCAGCGAAUCAGAAUAUCGUCAAAAAGGGAAUUUAUUUCAGUGAAUUUGUUCAAAAAAGUGAAAUGCAUAUCAUCACAUAUCAACACUUUUGGUCAAAAACGACUUAUGUUUAACAAGGUUAGUAGGUUAGGUUUUGGUUGAAGACUACUGAGUUGACCAGCAGACGGUCAGUAACUCAACAACAACCUGUCUGUUCACAGAGCACUCUGUCCAAGGAUUUCGAUGGAAAAUUCAGUGGAAGAAAAAAAGUCCGAAACAGCAAACCUGAAUUAAAUCAGCUGCUGUUCUUUCAACCCUUUAGAGUCCAUGUGAAAGUAAAUUUGGUCUCUUUGUGAAGAUAUCGAUCAAAGAUGUACAUCUAUGCAGUUAAACAUAAUUUGUUUGCAAUAAGCAUACAGUUAUGAAGUUCGAAACACCAAACAAAUUUUAAUUUUUUUAAAUGUAUUAUUUUUAUGUAACUGCUUAUGAAGUGUUGAAGGUACGGACUGGAAAAUACAGUGAAACUGCAAAACGUAACGGUCUACUUCUAUUACAAAUUUGAUUUAAAAGGAAAAUAUCUCAAAAAGAACUUUUCUGGACAGGUUUUUGUCCGUUGCUGUCCCGCGGUUAUCCACAUUUAUCCAUUUUCUUUCAACAUACAGUCAUCAUCAGUGAGGACUCAAAUAACACAGCAAUCCUCCGUUAUAUACUGAUGUGUAAUUAUUGCCAUAUAAAUACAACAAAAUAGUAAGUCACCUUGCAGAAUUUGAGAUUUUAGACAAUAAUUUUCUGCGCGUUUUCUCUCUCCAAUCAACUUUUAAAGUUUAGUUCUUUGAACAAUUUUUGGAUUUUUCUCCUUUUCUUAGAAAAGAACGCAACAUUCUCAGCAUUUCGUCCUUAAAUGAGAGUCACCUGUCUAAACACAGAAUGAAUGACCUCAUCUCUGUUUUAAACUCAAACGAAUAUCUUGUUGUGAACCAUCGAUCCCGGAUGUCUGUUUCACCUUUGAGUCAAAAUCGCUGAACUACACCGUUCACUGCAACGCUGGGG